AUGUUUUACUAUUACAUUUUUUUUCUAUUCAUUUAUUCAAUAAAAUCUUGCCCAUUGAAAACAGUUGAUAGUCGAUCUGGUUGUUACUGCGGCAUUGAAAUUGAUGGUACAAAUUAUAUUCAAUGUCAACCGUAUUCUAUUGAAAUUAUUCCUGAAUUUACUCGUUCGUAUAUACACGAUAAAUUAAAUCUAUCAUCGAAUUUUAUUCGCAACAUAACAAAGGAAUCGUUUAAUAAAUUGCGAGUUAAAAAAAUCUAUCUUCAACAGAAUUUAAUCGAACAUAUCGAUAAAGAAUCAUUUAAUAAUAAUAUUCUUAAUUAUCUCGAAGAACUUCGCAUUGAUAUGUUAAACAAUGGUAGUUUAGAAUUUCUUUGUUACGGUGCCUGGCAAAAACUUCGUCUACUCGAGCUGUCAGGUUUUAAUUUUGAUCAACAUCAAAUAUGUUUUGAAAAACUUCAUCGCCUCGAAAAAUUAAUUAUAAAAAAUUCUAAAAUUAGUUUCCUAUCGCACCAUUUAUAUCAACUUCCGUAUUUAUAUGAAUUAUCAUUAAUUAAUAAUUAUAUUGAAUAUUUAAAUUUUGAUAAUGAUCUUUUGGCAACAUUUUCAUCUUCGAUUAAAGUAUUUAAUUUGACAUCGAAUCAACUUCGAACCAUACCCAAUGAUUUAUUUACUCGCAUGCCGCAUUUGCAUACACUUGAUAUUUCACAUAAUUUUCUCGAAAGUCUUCCGAUUAUAAAUCAAAUUAAUCUACUGAAUAUUAGUUUGACUCAUAAUUUGAUUAAUUAUAUUCAGCUAAAUGAUAAUCAAAAUAAUUACGAUUUAUCAUUUAAUCCAAUAUGUACAUUAGAAAAGAGCGAAUCGAAAACAAAUUUAUUAUUGAAAAAUAUUACUCAUCUACAUUGUGAUUGCCGUUUAGCAUUUUAUCUCGAUGAAAAUUUAGUAAAUAAAUCAGAGAUCAUAGGAAUUCAACGGCCAUUUGAUAGCGAAACAAAAUGCUCGACACCCUUUGUAUUUAAUGGAUUUUAUCUUAAAGAUUUAACUUAUGAACAAUUACUUUCAUCAUGUUCCAAUGAUUUACCUAUGAGCUGUAGAGAAGUUCAUCAUUUUAAACGAAUUCAAAACUACGUAAAUGAUAUCAUGGAGACGACAACUAUCACCUCGACGAUGCCGACAACAAUAAAUCCUAUACCAAUCAAUGAUAUAAUUCCAACAUCGGAUGAUAUAUCAUCAUUUCGUCUAACAUCAUUUUAUACGAUGUUCGACAAUAAUAAUUUACUCAUUGAUUGGGAUUUUGAUCCAAUAUUUUCAACGACUAGUCUGUCCCAGUUGCAAUUUCAAAUUACUGUAGAACAAGAAACUUCAUUGAAUACUCAAAUUAUUCGACGUAGCGGUUUUAUAUCACCGUAUCUGAAACAGUACACGAUUCAUCAUAUCCCAUCGAAUAAAAACUAUUAUGUUUGUUUACUAUUAACACGAUCUUCUGUUGGCACGGAUAAAUACUGCCGAGAAGCACGACCAACAAUAAUAACAACAACAGCAAUAUCUAAUACAAUUCUAUCAAAGCAAGCAGUUGUUCACAUGCUGUUUACCAAUCGUUCUAUUCUAUUUGGUUUUCUAUUUGGCGCAAUUCUAACCACGAGUCUCCUACUGGCACUAGCCUUUCUCUGUCAUCUACGAUCUAAACGACAACGUUAUCAACGUGCAGCAUCAUCGCUAUAUCAUCAUAGUCACCGUCAUCCUCUUCAACAGCAGAAACAUUAUUUAUAUAUCGAUAGAAAUGAAGAUGAUGGAGCCUACUCAAAUUCGGUAUUUUCAUCAUCAUCAUCAUCAUCGAAAUUCAAUCAUUUUAGAAGAAAUCCUCGUCGAGCAUGUUUUCCAUCUUUACCGCCCAAUCAAUCAUGGUAUCAUCGCGGUUUAAAAGAGUUACCAACAGCACCACUACCAUCAACUUGUUGUUUUCACCAUCACCAUCAUCAUCAUACACCAGAUACAACGAUGAGUAGUAGUACAACAGCACGACGCAUCACUUCACUAUCAUCACAAUAUAGUAAUGAAAUGGAUAAAGAAAGAAUGACAUCAACAUCCAUAAUGAGUAGUACUAGUUCAGAUGAACAUGCACAUAAUAGUCCAGCUAAACAUCUUUAUGAAGAACUUGCAGACGAAACGACAAUGCUGAGACUAAAUAAUACAACAGAUGUAUUUCUUUGA